UCAGAUUCACACUCUCACUCACACUCGGUUGCACACAUGCCAGGAUCCUCACACUGUACCUGAGCACUCCACUCCACACAGCGACCACCCACGCUGGGAUCCAGUGCGCACACGAGACGGAAAGAGUGGAAGGAACCCACUGCCUUCCACAGCUGCACAGAUCCUUGGAGUCUCUUCAUCAUCUUCCCCCCACCAACACCCCAUCAUCAUCACCACAGUCUUUUCACGCCAGUUAGAUCAUGAACUUGCUCUUUUCGGGUUGCUGAGGAGGGGAAAUCGAGCUCCGAGGAGUGGACGAGGCGGUACUUAAGAGACAGAAAGAGAGCUCAAGAGACCGAGCAUGGCCCAGGCCUCUCAGGACCUAGGUGCAGUGGGCGUGGCCGACCCAGAUGAGGACUCACCCAACAUGAUUGCUUACAGGAAGAUUGAGGACAUCAUCACACGCCUCCAAGAUGAAACUGAAGGUGUGCCCGUCAGAACGGUCAAGAGCUUCCUGUCCAAGAUUCCCAGCGUUGUUACAGGUUCUGACAUUGUUCAGUGGAUGAUGAAGAACCUUAUCAUAGAUGAUCCUGCGGAGGCCAUUCACAUCGGCAGCCUGAUUGCCGCCCAAGGCUACAUAUUCCCCAUCUCUGAUCACGUUCUCACCCUCAAGGAUGAUGGGACGUUAUACCGCUUUCAGGCUCCAUACUUUUGGCCCUCUAAUUGCUGGGAGCCAGAGAACACAGACUACGCCAUCUAUCUGUGCAAGCGGACCAUGCAGAACAAGACUCGGCUGGAGCUGGCGGACUAUGAGGCGGAGAAUCUAGCGAGACUACAAAGGGCUUUUGCCAGAAAGUGGGAGUUCAUCUUCAUGCAGGCUGAGGCACAGGUCAAGAUCGACAGGAAAAAAGACAAAACGGAGAGAAAGAUUCUGGAUAGUCAAGAGAGAGCCUUCUGGGAUGUUCAUCGUCCCGUGCCUGGGUGUGUUAACACCACAGAGAUGGACAUCAGGAAGUGUCGUCGCCUGAAGAAUCCUCAAAGGGUGAAAAAGUCAGUGUACGGGGUAGUGGAUGACACACAGACUCAGAGUCCUGUACACAUACCCUCACUGCAGAGCAACAAGGGCACCAGAGAGGACGUAGAGAAAGAGAUUCUGUUCUUGAACACUCAGUUGGAUCGACACUGUAUGAAAAUGUCCAAAGUCGCUGACACAUUGAUGAGCUACACAGAGCAGUAUCUUGACUAUGACCCCUUUUUGACAAUACCAGAGCCAGCUAACCCCUGGACCAGUGAUGAUGUCACAUUCUGGGAACUAGAGGCCAGUAAGGAGCCGAGUCAACAGCGAGUAAAGAAGUGGGCUUUCUCAUUGGACGAGGCUUUAAAGGACCCAGUGGGCCGUGAGCAGUUUCUUAAAUUCCUGGAGUCCGAAUUCAGCUCCGAGAACCUGCUGUUCUGGUUGGCUGUGCAGGAUCUGAAGUGCCGCCCCCUGCAGGAAGUGGCGGCUCGUGCUCAGGAGAUCUGGCAGGAGUUUCUUGCUGAGGGAGCUCCCAGUGCCAUCAAUCUAGACUCACACAGCUACGAGCGCACCAGUCAGAAUCUAAAAGACCCGGGCCGCUACAGCUUUGAAGAUGCCCAGGACCACAUCUACAAGCUGAUGAAGAGUGACAGCUACCCUCGUUUCCUGCGCUCCAAUGCUUACCAGGACCUCCUGCUGGCCAGAAAGAAGCCUGAGACUGAGCAAGGCCGCCGCACAUCCCUGGAGAAAUUCACUCGCAGUGUGGGCAAGUCUCUGACAAGUAAACGACUGACAGGCCUCAUGCAGUCCUCCUGACAAGUCCUGCUGUUUGCAGUUUGUUGAGGUGGAAGGAUUGUGGCCAUGACGGACCACGUGUAUGGACCACCCUCUCUCCAAAACCCACCCGAACACCGCACAGCUACCGACACUAGAUGGCAGCAUGCAAUAAGUCCAAACGGCAACAGUGCUGUCUGUGUCUAUUCAAUCAGUAACUGGCUUUCAGUAUACACGAAUGUCAGAUUUCCCAGCACCAUCUAGAGAAACAUUUUACGUUUGAUACUUAUAACCAAACUGCAGCAAGGACAGGACUGUCUCGCUGGAUUACCGAUUCAAAACAUUCAUCGUCAGAUAUGAAAACAAGGUGUGCUGAAAUCAGUCCCGUAUGUCAAAUCUUCAGAGCAUUCCAAAGGGCUUUCAGUGACUGUGUUCCCUCAUUACAGGUUUACACAGGACUUUUCAUCAUAUGCGUUUUGUUGGACAGUCACUGAAUAUGAAGAAUGAAAGUGGAAACGGAGGGGUUUGGAGAAGCACAUUGUUAUUACUCCUGCCAAGGAGUAGGAUGAAGAAAGUAGGAUUAUUUAUUCCUGCAGACGGAAUAUCCGUGUUAUACUCACCUACAGUAUUAGCACAUGCUACUUCUAAUAGAGAUGAGAAAAUGAUGAAGAGCCAUACCUUUUAGACUCAGUUUUAUUGAGGAAUUAAAAAAUAUUGACCAGGAAAAUAAAAAAGUAUUAGUAUUUCAGGAUGAUUCAGAGCACAGAAUAUUGCUUUUCCUGCUUGGUCAGUGUGUUUCCUGAACAGCUUUACAAAAUCUCCAAAUAACAACAUUCAGUUAUUUGGUAGCAUUUAUGGAGGACCACUGUGUUACAUAAAAGAUCAUA